CCAAAUACUUCAGAUAAGCUGGGGAACUUAAAGAUAGUUCUGUCACAGGCUGGAAAUUGCAAAAACACGGGAUGCAGCAACAGAUGCAGGAGACCUAGGAGAGAGAAGUGUACCAUCGACUACGACACCCUGCUCAUGCGUCUGACCUUUGUAGAGGAGAAACUGAGGGACCUGGAGAAGAUAGAGGCCAGGCUGAAGAUCUCCAUAGUGAUUCUACAAAGCAUCAAAAACGAUCCCAGAUUUCCAGGAUCUGUUGGAGACACAGGCGCCGCCGGGGUCAAAGGACCUCGCGGUUCGAAGGGCCCCACAGGAUACCCAGGAGUCAACGGGAUCUGCGUAACAAGAGCCUCACGGAACCCAGCCCCAGGGCCGAGAGGUCCCCCAGGGAACAAAGGGGACCCAGGUUACCCAGGGGAUAAGGUCUGCAACUGCGACGGUGAAAGAGGCGACGACGGAGAUCCAGGGGACAGUUUGACGGGUCUCCCAGGGGCCAGGGGGGUUAAGGGAGCCAAGGGGGAGAGAGGCCCCAUAAUUCACUAUCGUAAAAUCCAGCGAAAAUAAAAUAUACGGAGAGAAUUUGCUUUCGAAGUUUUUCCUGCAAGAGGAAAACUUUUUUUUUUUGUCAUAGAUUUAAAAUGAUGUCGAUUAGAUUGGUUGCAUAAAUAAACAAGCAUUUACUGCAAAAUGUAAUUUUAAUUCACAAUCACAUUAUAUUUAUGCAUAAUUCUCUCUCUCUCUCUAUCUCUUAUGAUUAUAUAUAUAUAUUACACACACACACAC